AUGACCGACUCCGCCGGUGCGAAAAUGAACGCUGCGACCAUCGCCGAGCCCUUCAGCUUGGCCGUGCGCCAGUACAUUGAGCAGGAUAUGGGUGGCGUGGGUCCCAAGCUCGUGGGUUUGCUGGCUCACGGCGACCCGGCCGCCAAGAAGUACGCCGAGUGGACGGGCAAGGCCUGUGCACGCGACGGCAUCCGCUACGAGCUGCGCGAAGUGCCCAAGGACGAGCUGCUGGAGGCUUUGGAGAAGGCCAACAAAGACUCGGAUGUGCACGGUAUUCUCGUGUACUACCCGUGCUUCGGCGCCUUCCCGAGCUUCUUCGGUGGCAACAUGGACGAUUUUUUGCGCGACAGCAUCAGCAUUAAGAAGGACACGCAAAAGUGCGUGCUGCCUUGCACACCUUUGGCAAUUGUCAAGAUUCUCGAACACCUUGGCGUUUAUGACAAGACCAAGCCUACUGGCAACCACUUGUCAGGUGUUAACAUCACGGUUAUUAACCGUAGUGACAUUGUCGGCCGCCCAUUGGCUGCUAUGCUUGCGAAUGACGGCGCUGACGUGUACAGCGCCGACAUUGACUCGCUGUACCUAUUCCGUCGCGGUAAGCUCAUCCCGAGCGAAGAGACGCAGGAGACGGCGUGUAAGAAGUCUCGUGUCAUCAUUACUGGCGUCCCCGUUAAGAGCUACAAGCUGCCGCUUGAGUGGGUGAGCGAGAACACGGUCAUCAUCAACGUCGCGUCCUUCAAGAACGUGGACGAGGCCGAGCUGCUUAAGAUAAAGGGCGUGCAGUACGUGCCACUGGUGGGUAAGGUCACGGUGGCCAUGCUCGAACGCAACCUGCUGCGUCUGUACGAGAACUUCCACUGGAAGCCUAAGAAGGUCUGGCAGUAA